AAAGCAGCCAGUGUCUGCGGUGGAUCGUCGCAGCCCGCCGCGGUUAGUUUGAAGCAUUAAUCGGGACCAUGGUUCAGCACACGGAGCAUGCCGGGACGGGCAUUACCACCGUGUCCCGCGACGCGCCUGACCCGGAGGAGAGCGAGCUGCUGGCGGCCUCGGCGUGUAGCCCCGUGCCGCUGAAGCCGGACUGGUGCAAAACAGCGACCGGCCACAUUAAACGGCCCAUGAACGCGUUCAUGGUGUGGUCCAAGAUCGAGAGGAGGAAGAUCAUGGAGCAGUCCCCGGACAUGCACAACGCGGAGAUCUCCAAGCGGCUCGGGAAGCGGUGGAAAAUGUUAAAAGACACCGAAAAGAUCCCGUUUAUCCGGGAGGCGGAGCGGCUCCGGCUCCAGCACAUGGCGGACUACCCGGACUACAAGUACCGGCCCAAGAAGAAACCCAAGACGGACGGGUGUGCGUUUCAGGCGGGGAAGCCAGCCGCUCCGUCCCCCGAGAAAAGCAGCGUCAGGCCGGUUAAUAAGAACCCUGCUGCCGCCAAGAAAUUCUCCAAGUUGAAGCCAAGCAAGCCGGUGGUCGGGCCCAGCAGGGCGGGCAGCCACCUCCCGCAGCACCAGCACCCCGACCCCCGGUACCGCUACGUGCUGACCACCAGCAUUAAAACCAGCAAGCCGGUUAAACGAGAGUUUACCGACGACGAGGAGGAGGACGAAGACGACGACGAGGAGGACUCCGAGGAGGAGCGGGAGUUCAAAGCGGAGGAGGAGGACGUGCCGUCCUGGUACAGUCUCGCCAAAGUGCCGCCCAGCCGGAGCUCCGCCGCCGCCGCCGAGCCGGAGGGGACCAGCGUGUACGAGUCGUCCGGCCGCCUCUUCUACAGCUUCAAGAACAUCACCCGGCAGGGCGCCAGCACCCCCUCCUACCCGGCCUCCCUCUCACCAGCAUCCUCGUCCCGGUCCGGCUCCACCUCCUCCUCCUCCUGCUGCGGGGAGGACCUGGACGACCUCCCAGCGGAGGGGGCCGACUUCACCCUCAGCUUCCUGGGCGGCUUCCACCCCUCCUCCGAGCCGUGGAACUCGUCCUCCAGCUCGGUCCCGGGGAACCUGAGCCUGUCCCUGGUGGAUAAAGACCUGGACUCGUGCAGCAGCGAGGGCAGCCUCGGCUCCCACUUCGAGUUCCCGGAUUAUUGCACCCCGGAGCUCAGCGAGAUGAUCGCCGGGGACUGGCUGGAGGCCAACUUCUCGGACCUGGUGUUCACUUAUUGAUCCCACGGAGGGGUUAUUGAUUAUUAUUAUCAUUUUUUGCAUCUGCCUCGUCUGCCCCGGAGCCGGUUCUGGAGGUUCUGGCGCUCCAGGGCCAGUCAGGGACCGGGGCGGUGUGGCUGCUGCUGCUGCCCGGCCUCAGUGCUCGGGGAGGGGGGGCGGAGGGCGUCUGGUCUGGACUCGGUACUUCACAUCAACAGGGUUUUAUGGAUUUAGUUUCUGUUGCUCGGGUCUGAACCGGGACCCGGACUAUGCAUUCCCACCCAGACCCACUAUGAACACUACGAUCAGGAGGUUUGUGUUGCUGCAGGACUCUUUUAUGACUCUUCUGAGUUUCAAACACCUUUUCUCUGAUUUCAUGUGUUUUGGGUUUUCCAGCUCCUUAGAAACCCAAACUGAGCACAGGUAUGGCAGGAAACAUUUUUUGAUAUUUACAUAACCAAACAUACCUCAUCUUUUUAAACUAUCCAGAAAUAAGAAACUAUUUUCAGGCAUAUUUUUGUACAGUCAAAGGGAAUGUCAGGCACUUGUUCUUCUUCUUCUUCCACUGUUACUCUGAAUAUUCUUUGUUACUGAGCAUGUGAGGGUUCAAAUCCCAGCCGGCCUGCCUUGCUUUAAUGCCUUGCAGUUGUUUUAAAGGAUGUACAGACAGACCGUUCCAGGUUCCGUUGGGAGGACUGGUCAGAUCCAGGAUGUAUAUGUUGUGUAAAAUAGGUAAAUGUAGGCCUUUGUGUAUUUGGGUGUGAGUGAGUCCCUGACAGCAGGAGAGAAACUGGAUUUUCUGUUGCUUCUUAUUUUUGUAUCACUUCAUCAGCGGCACAUGUUUGUUUUUGCUCAUUAUUUUUUGUGCAAUAUAAUAAGAAAAGAGGGAAGAAAAAAAAAACACACAAAAAAACAAAAUAAAGGGCCAUCCAGAGUUUUUUUUGUAGCACAAGGGAAACUGCGUGAACUUGUCCUUUUUUGAUGAAGUCUGUAUGUGACACUGAAUAAAUCAGCUGGAACUGA